UGUUCUCUGUUUAAACCAAUCAGAUUGUUCUCUCUCUCAUACAAAUUCUCUUUCACCACCAAACCUCAACCCACCCCACCUCACCCCACUUCGCCUCACCAUCAACGUUGUCGUCCGCCGUUCUCGCCUCUCCACUGUCACCACCGUAUGUUGCCUCUAAGCCCUUUUCUUAUACGCAAGCUCUAGCCCCUUUUUCUUCUGCAUUGUUCCUUCGAUGUUGUCUCUCUCGAUAUCAUUCUCUCUGUUUCAAGCUCUCUCUGUUGCCAUGGUGAUCUGAAGAACAAGGACGUUUAGAUUGUCCUUCUUCGAUAUGUCGAAGGCUCUUGAGUUCGAAGAAGAAUCAAUUUUGAAGACUAUAAAGUCUCGAUAUGCGCUUCUCUCUAUUUGAUGUAGGGCUUUUAGAUCUGGAUGAGUUUAAUUUGGAUUUGACCUAUUGGGAUCUGGAUCUAGGGUUUUUCUACCAGCAACUACCUGUUUAAGCUUUUGCUCAUUGGAGAUUCGGGUGUUGGCAAAUCAUGUCUCCUUUUGAGGAUGAUUCAUAUCUAGAAAGUUACAUUAGCACUAUUGGAGUUGACUUUAAAAUCUACACAAUUGAGCAGGAUGGAAAAACCAUUAAACUCCAGAUUUGGGAUACUGCUGGACAAGAAUGUUUUAGGACAAUCAUUAGUAGUUACUAUCGCGGUGCACAUGGCAUUAUUGUUGUUUACGAUGUGACCGAUCAAGAGAGUUUUGACAAUGUCAAGCAAUGGUUAAGUGAGAUUGACCGGUAUGCAAGUGAGAAUGUAAACAAGCUUUUAGUUGGAAACAAGUGUGACCUUACUGCACCGAAGGUGGUGUCUUAUGAGACUGGAAAGCAUUUGCAGAUGAAAUUGGGAUUCCUUUCUUGGAAACAAGUGCGAAAAAUGCCACAAAUGUGGAACAUGCUUUCAAAAUUGUUUAAUAAAAUUAAUGAUUUAUAUAUUUUGUUGAAUGUUCAUAAUUCAGGUAAAUUGUUGGUUUGAUUGAUUAUUGUAAAUUACAGAUUGUAUUGAAUAGAUUGGAUAGAUUAUUAUGAA